GCAUGCGCGAGGGGCGGGCCCGGCAGGAAGGGGCGUCACGGCGCAUGCGUGGGGGGACGGCAUGGCGGAGGGGGCUGCUGCUGCUGCUGCUGCUGCAGAGGGGGAGCCGGAGCCGCUGCGGCUGCGGCGCCUGCGGGGAGAGGGUUUCUUCGAGGUGCCGGCCGGGGACCGGCUGGGAAGAUGCCGGAGUGUGAAAGAGUUCGAGAAGCUAAAUCGGAUCGGGGAGGGCACCUAUGGCAUCGUGUACCGUGCCCGGGACACGCUGACAGAUGAAACCGUGGCAUUGAAGAAGGUGCGGAUGGACAACGAGAAGGAUGGAAUGCCCAUCAGCAGCCUGCGGGAGAUCACCCUGCUGCUGCAGCUUCGGCACCCCAACAUCGUGGAGCUGAAGGAGGUGGUUGUGGGGAACCACCUGGAGAGUAUUUUCCUGGUGAUGGGCUACUGCGAGCAGGACCUGGCCAGCCUCCUCGAGAACAUGCAGACGCCUUUCUCAGAGGCUCAGGUGAAGUGCAUCAUCUUGCAAGUCCUCAAGGGCCUCCAGUACCUUCAUGAGAACUACAUCAUUCACAGGGAUCUGAAAGUGUCCAACCUGCUCAUGACCGAUAAAGGCUGCGUGAAGAUAGCGGAUUUUGGGCUGGCACGUACUUACGGGAUGCCACCGAAGCCAAUGACCCCUAAAGUUGUCACACUCUGGUACCGAGCACCUGAGCUGCUGCUGGGGAUGACAACCCAGACCACCAGCAUUGACAUGUGGGCCGUGGGCUGCAUCCUCGCUGAGCUCCUGGCCCACAAGCCGCUGCUGCCAGGCACCUCCGAGAUUCACCAGAUCGACCUGAUCGUGCAGCUGCUGGGGACACCCAACGAAAACAUCUGGCCGGGCUUCUCCAAGCUGCCCCUGGUGAGCCAGUACACGCUGCGGAAGCAGCCCUACAACAACCUCAAGCACAAGUUCCCCUGGCUGUCGGAGGCCGGGCUGCGCCUGCUCCACUUCCUCUUCAUGUUCGACCCCAAGAAGCGGGCGACGGCAAAAGACUGCCUGGAGAGCUCCUACUUCAAGGAGAAGCCCCUGCCCUGCGAGCCGGAGCUCAUGCCCACCUUCCCCCACCACCGCAACAAGCGAGCAGCCGCCGCCAGCGCAGGGACGGAGAGCCAGGCGAAGCGCAGCAAGCCAUGAGCCGCUGUCCCACGGCGGGGGGGGGGGGCAUCUGCUGCCCCGGGAAGCCGGCGGGGGCCAGCCCUGCCAGGAGGAGGUAUGCCGAGCUCGAGCGGGGACGGCCGUCACCCCGCCGCUGGACUGGACGCGGGCUGCCUGCCCUGCUCUGCCGCCUGCUUGGCACCCGGCUCUCCUCGGAGAGGUACCGGUGCCGCGGGCUCCGUCACCUCCUGGGACAGGCCCCGGCUGCGCUGCCCCGACCCCAUCAGCCCUCGAAGGGACGCGCUAGGGGAGCCUGUCCUAGCUGUCAGCACUCCAGGUCCUGUGCUCAGCUCCUGCGUGGAGCUGCUUGUGCUGGGAACAUCCACCAGCCGCACAGCUCGGCUGAACUGCCAGCCUCGCAAAGGGGGCCAGACUGCGAUGGGGAGUGCUGCAAGCUGCCUCCCUUCACUUGCUGUCAGCUUCCUUGUGCUGCUCCGCUCUCAAGAGGCUGCAGGCGGGUUGCAGCCCUGGGCCUCUGUGGAGCCGGCAGCAGCGCUGCCUGCCCGGGGGGGAGAGGAGAGAGGGGGCCCUGGGCCCCAUCGGGUGCAGGAGUGAGAUGAGGGGGCUGCCAGGAGGCAGGAGGCCUCAGCCCUGCUCGCUGUCCUGCAGCAGGCAGCUGUGGGCGCAGGGUCACCCUGACUUUGCCUUCAAUAAAAGCAUCUGCAAACAGCAA